AUGCCGAUAUGCGUCGCUCCCGGGUCGGACCACAUCCUCGGGGAGAUGGCCGCCACCACUCCUCUUCUCCAACUACCCAUUCUCGCUCUGUCCCACUCCGCCCCUGCAGAUCCAGCUGGUGGUGGUGAUGGUAGUGAAAACCCUAAUGAGGAUGAGUAUCUGGGAGAUGGAGAGGUGGAAGAGGAGAGGGAGCCGAUGAGGAGGAGAAGAGAGAAGGGAAGGCUUACAUUGAAGCAAAAAGCAUCAAUGAGAGAGUAUGCUGCUGAGACAUUAGAGUGGAGCCUGUGGGGACACAAUGAGGAGGAGCUUAUUCAAUUCUGUUCCGAUAUCGGAAUCGUACCUCAAGUCUUCAAGGUUUGGAUGAGGAACAACCGCAGCAGGUACAUGGAUGCCGGUGAAGCAUCGUUUGUCGAUGAGAUCUGA